CACUGCAAAUCAGAGGGCCCUCACUCAUCACGAGAAUGGGACAUCACCACACUUGCUGCAACAGACAGAAAGUGAAGAGGGGCUUGUGGUCUCCCGAGGAAGAUGAGAAGCUCGUCAACUACAUUUCCACCUUCGGCCACGGCUGCUGGAGCUCCGUCCCUCGACUUUCUGGGUUGCGGAGAUGUGGAAAGAGCUGCAGACUGAGGUGGAUCAACUACCUCAGGCCUGAUCUCAAGAGAGGCAGUUUCUCAAGACAAGAAGCCACAAUCAUUGUUGAGCUUCACAAACUACUAGGCAACAAGUGGUCUCAGAUUGCUAAGCAUCUGCCGGGAAGAACAGACAAUGAGGUCAAGAAUUUCUGGAACUCGAGCAUCAAGAAAAAAUUCGUCAGUGACAAUCAAAAUGAAAAUGUGCUUGCUGCAGAUAAUUCUGAUCAAGUCUUGAUGAAUCAAAUCCAUCCCUUGGAAUAUUCCUUCCAAAUGCAGCCCCCUAAUUUCUCUCUUCCCUAUCUUGAUUCACUUUUCAUGGCCUGCAAUCUCCAAUCUCAGCCACAGCCUCAGCCUCAGCUGCCGUUUUAUGAUGAGAUUGCUGGGAUCGAUGCGAGUUUCAUGGCGAGGCCGCCAAGCCCCCUGCGCUACCUUGAUGCACUCGUGGCGGAGAUUGAAUCGCCCGUGCCUGCUGCAUCCACACCGGCACCGGCAUGGGGCUGUGGUGGUGGUGAUGCUGCUUUUCUCUCUUUCUGGCCAUGAAUGUAUGCUGCUCUGUGGUUAUGAAUGCAUAAUGGGGUGUGUGUAUGAUCCCAGUCACAGAUAAAAACUAUAAACUUUUUACUUCUGUUUUUCCAUCAAUAAAUGUUCAUAAAUUAAUA